CCAUGAUUUUUUGGGGUCGCUGGAGGAGAGGGACAUCGCGAUUUUUCUUCUUGUUGUAUGUCCAGUUUUUAUCGACUGAAGCAUGCGCGUCAAUGUUGGCCUUUACAACGUUAUUCUCACAGGAGUGGCAUUUCUGUUUCUUUUCGCCGCCUUUCAGACCGUCUCCCAAUCCUCGCAAAACGUUUUAGAGGCAGCUGCCAGGGAGACAACGGAAGAUGUGGGACAAGGAUACGUCAGUCUAUCCAUUCUAUAUGCUGCCUUCUCCAUUUUCAAUUGGUUUGCCGCUGUUGUUGUGAUGCUCUUGGGAACAAAAUACGCUAUGUUUACCGGCUCCGUUUGUUAUGUCGCUUUCAUUGCCACUUUCAUAGAACCUCGCGCUUGGAGCAUCUACCUCGGAUCAAUCGUCAGUGGGUGCGGGGCUGCAGUUCUCUGGACAGCUCAGGGUGCAUUGCUCACGGAAUGUUCCGACGAAACAAACGUGAACCAGUACUUCAGCAUAUUCUGGGGUCUUUUCCAGAGCUCGCAAGUCAUCGGUGGCUUAUACACCUACUUCACUCUUUCGAAUAUCUCUUCCAUCGACCGCAUCCUACGACAUCAGUUGUUUGGUGGCACCUUGGCAUGUGCCUCUGUCGGAUGCUUGUUGUUUCUUGGUCUUCGUUCACCAAAUGUGACAACCACUACAAUCGAGGAUGAAGACUGUGUUUCCAGAGGGGAAAAUCUUCGGCUUAUAACGCGCCAUUCCAACACAUUGGGAUACUUCAACACAGCAACAAAAACGUUUCUUCGAUCAUUCGCUCUGCUUCGUUCCCGGACCAUGUUCUGCAUUCUUGUCGCUUCGGGUUUUACCGGAGUCAGCACCACAUUCUGGUCUAGCCUAUUCGCUUCUUGUGUCGGUCACACAUUGGCUUUCGGUACGGAAGCGAAAUCCUUCAUUGGUUUGGUGGUUGUAUUCGUGGGAAUCGGUGAGAUUAUCGGUAGUUUCUUAAUGAACUUGCGACGAUAUGUAUCCCCAUCUGGCUUGGUCGCUUUAUUUGGGUACGCGAGUGCUCUGAUUGCCGCCUACAUAUGCCUCAUAAUGUUGCCUGCAGACAGCCCUAUGGAAGACACUUAUGACAGCACCUACGUCACCCCGAGCAUUGGAGCUGCCAUAGUGGCUGCGGCACUGUUUGGAAUGGUGGACGCCGUGUGGAACACCCAACUCGGCGUCCUAAUAGGAAACACUUAUCGUGAACGUAAAGAAGACAUCCCUGUCGCGUUCGCAUUGUACCGGUGUGUUCAGUCGGUUUUGACGGCAAUCAGCUUCUCGUACGCGAACAAGCUGUUGCUCCAUUGGCAAGUGAUGAUUUACGCCCUUUGGGCCACGUUUGGAGUGGCUUGUUUCUUCCACGCAGACACAAUACAGGCUCGUCGAGCCCCGACCCGUGUUUUAGAAGUACAACACACCACUUCUUUGAGACUGGACUAAUAUACUUCUCGUGGAUGACCACGAAAUUUUGUGAUUCCUUUAUUGUUUUGCCUUUUUGAUGGACGCCUUUGUCACGGUUUCACUUUUGUUUUGUGCUCCCCUUUGAGGUUGUCUAUCAUCAAUUGCUUGCCAUUAAUUAUAUUUUGGUAGUUUCUCACCCCGCGCAUUCGUUUUGUUAUCCUAACAUUCGCUUGACCGACGUUUUUCACUAGAUGGUUCUCAUCGCAGCUUCCUUUCGUCUGUGACGUUUUAAUUCUGUUCCAAACAGCGAUGACUUCAGUUGCCAUGGUCCUCACUAUUACACUCUUAUAUCUACAAUGUGAAGAAGUUGCAGCAAAGAGUCCGAACAUGUAGACUGAAAAAAUCAACUGUGAUUAUCCGAUUACUAGCUUUCCAUGGGCAUCGCAGCUGUACCGCGAAGCACCGCUGGAAUUUAAUCCCGUUGGUUUUGGACACCUAUUGUAUUUUAUACACCGCAAAUUAUUUUUGCUCGUCCCCCUGUGCAUUUCCUAUUACCUAGUCUUUUAAUAAUUACACUUUCAUCU